GUGCUGUGUGCGCGAGUUGCACUUGAUUGCACAAGAACGCGUGAGGGGAAAUAAACAUCGGACUCCCGGUUGAAUUCAAUCAACGGACAUAAUGGCCGAAGUGGAUUCGGGAAUUUCGGAGUACGAUAGUCUGAGGAGACCCGAUGGCGACGCCCCCCUGUCUAAAAAAGCCCUGAAGAAGCAACAGAAGGAAGCUGAGAAGGCAGCUAAGAAAGCUCAACACAAACUGGGUAAAGAUCAGCAGUCGCAUGCGGACGUUGAAACGGAAGACUAUGCGAAGGAUUUCUACGGGAAUUUGCCGAUGAUCCAGUCUAGGGAGAAAGUGGACCGCACACUGCACCGAGUGAGCGGCCUCACGCCGAGUCGGGCCGACGAGAAAGUCUGGAUCCGAGGAAGACUCCAUACCAGUCGAAGCAAAGGCAAACAGUGUUUUUUCGUUGUGCGACAACAGAAGUGGACGGUGCAGGCUCUAGUCUCGGUGGGUGACAGAGUCAGUAAACAGAUGAUCAAGUUUGUCGCUGCUGUGUCUAAGGAAUCUAUUAUCGAUGUGGAGGGCUACAUCAGAACGGUGCCCAACAAGAUUGACUCGUGUUCACAGGAAGACGUGGAACUCCAUGUAGAACAGGUGUGGGUUGUGUCCCCGGCUGUUCCGAGACUUCCUCUACAAGUAGAAGACGCCAGUCGACCAGAAACUGAGGAUGCCCUAGCGCGUGUCAACCAGGACACAAGGCUAGAUAACCGAGUGAUUGACCUGCGGACGCAAAGCAACCAGGCGCUGUUCCGCGUGGAGGCGGGGUUGUGCAAAUAUUUCAGGAACUACCUUGAGAAGCAAGGCUUUGUGGAAAUCCACACACCAAAAAUUAUAUCAGCUGCGUCGGAGGGUGGGGCCAACGUAUUUGAAGUGUCCUAUUUCAAGUCAAAGGCUUUCCUGGCGCAGUCUCCACAGCUGUACAAACAGAUGGCCGUGUGCGGAGAUCUUGACCGAGUGUUCACGGUCGGUGCAGUUUUCAGGGCUGAAGAUUCUAACACGCAUCGUCACUUAACGGAGUUCGUUGGUCUUGACCUUGAAAUGGCCUUCAACUACCACUACCAUGAAGUGGUCGACCUGAUUGGAAACAUGUUCAUCGCAAUAUUCAAGGGUCUGCAAGAGAAUUUUGCCGAGGAGAUUGCAAUAGUUCACAAACAGUAUCCUGCAGAACCGUUCAAGUUCCUGGAACCCAGUUUGAUACUGGACUACUGUGAGGGGGUGCACAUGCUACAGGAAGCGGGGGUGGAGAUGGAGGAAGGGGACGAUCUUAGCACACCUGCGGAGAAACUUCUCGGCAGACUCAUCAAAGCAAAGUACGACACUGAUUUCUUCAUCCUCGACAAGUUUCCGCUGUCAGUUCGACCUUUCUACACAAUGCCGGACCCAGAAAAUGAAAAAUGGUCGAACUCGUAUGACAUGUUUAUGCGGGGUGAGGAGAUUCUUUCUGGAGCCCAGAGAAUCCACGACUCAGCGUUUCUACUGGAGAGAGCCAAGUUACACGAAAUAGAUAUUGACAAAAUAAAAGGAUACAUUGAUGCGUUCAAGUACGGUGCACCGCCCCAUGCUGGUGGAGGAAUUGGAAUGGAGCGGGUCAUGAUGCUCUAUCUUGGCCUUGACAACGUGAGAAAGACGUCCAUGUUUCCACGUGACCCCAAGAGACUGACGCCAUAACCAACUAUUAAAUCUUCCCGCCUACCCUGCCGUUGUAUCUCAGUAACAUGGCAACGACUGCAACUGGAAGAAUUCCUAUUUAAAACUGUCUGAUAAAUAUAAUCAUUGCUAAACAUUUGUUAUUAUAAUCGAUAUAGGGUUUGAAAUAGCAGUCUGCGAGAAGCCAAAAGCAGUCGAUUAUUUUUAGACUUAGCAGGUGCAAUAGAAAUUCACUUGCUAAAAGUAUUUAUAAACACUCUUUAGAAAAUUACAGGUACGGUUUCAAGAGAGAUAUGCAUGUAAGAUUAAUUUUAAAAUUACAGGUAAGGUUUCAUGAGAGAUAUGCAUGUAAGAUUAUUUUUAAAAUCACAGGUAAUGUUUCAAGAGAGAUAUGCAUGUACAGUUAUUUCAGCUGUUAUUUAGCUCGUGUUUCUGUUACCUUCUCAUUCCAUACUGCUGCAGAACACAUCUCAGAGUUUAAUUAAAUUUUGUCCCAA